AAGCUUGCUAGGCGACAGUUGCCUAAGGGAAUUCAGUUUUUAAGUGUUUAAGUGCCUACCGGGCACCAGGCUUUUUAGACCUCAGAAUCUCUGAUGAAUUUCCUGUUGCUUCUAAUGAGGUUAGAUUGCUCGCAGAAUAAGAUGGAUUCUGGGUUGAGUGAGACGGUGUGACUAGAAACUUUAUUUCUCUUCCGCUGCCUGAAUCCUCCCGUAUCUCAAUUCUGAUCCUCCUCUUCCAGUUUUCCAGGGCACUGGCUGUCACAUUUUUAUUAUAUUUAAGUAGUUAGGGGAGUUCGGAGACUAUAGCCCUAGUCACUUAUUUGCUUUAUGACUUUGUACAAAUUAUUUUGCAGUGCCCCCAAUUUCCUCAUCUGUUAAAUUAGGUUGUUAAUACUCACCUCACAAGCUUGUAGGGAGGAUUGAAUGAAAGUUUUGUGCAAAUGCUUAGUGCAGUGGCAGAUACUUAUUAGUAGUAAUAAUACUAAGCACUUACGUAUCAGGUGCUGUUUUAAGCAAUUUACAUUAACUUGUUUAACUUUUUGAGGUAGGCACUAUUAUAUUGCCACUUUGGAGAUGUUAGUUUUGAGACGUAGAGGUUAAGAAAUUUGCCCAACGUCACAAGUUGCAGAACCUAGUUUCGAACCUAUGCAGUUCGACUCCAUAUCUUUUACCCAUAACUACUAUACAUACUGUCUCCCAGUAGUCAGUAUUCAAUAAAUAAUUGUUUAAAGAUUUUUGGUUGUUGAUCUGCGGAGUCUAAGAGUGUGUUUUCGUGAUUGACCAUAGACAUGUUACUGUUGAAAAAGUAUUAUGCUUUGGCUCAGAUGACUUAAUGUUCACGUGACAAAUAGAUUUGGGGCACCUAUGUACCCUUUGUAGUGCUAGGUGCUGAUGGGAUGCAAAGAAGAAGAUGUGGCCUGUAUCUUAAAAGAAGUUGCAGUUUAACAAAGGACUCAGAUAUGUAUACAGAUAAUUAUAGCACAAGCUGAAAAAUUAUGCUGCAUGUGAAAAGUACAAUCAAACUUCUCAGGUAGUGCAGAGGAAGAAGAGAUUGUUUUUUAGGUAAUCCAGAGGAAGAAGAGAUUCUUUCUGGUUGUAGAGCUUAGGGAAAGCUUUGAGGGGCAGAGAAUAGUUCAUUUUGGGUUUAAGGAAAGAAAAAUUAUUAAACCUAGAGUUUCUUGAAGUAUGUGAACAAAGGGAAAAAGUGUCCACCACUGGUUGUGUGACAACCUGUCAGGUUUUCAUCACUUGGGGAGAUGGAAAGAACUCUGAGGGACUUUGCUUGAGUUCUGUUACUUCAGAAGAAAAAAAGAGAGAAUGAAGGUGGUUUGUUAAACAUCUGUGCGAUCAUGACAAGAUGUUUAAGAUGAGUGAAAAAAUCUUACUCCUGUGUGUUGGAGAGGCUGGAGACACUGUACAGUUUGCAGAAUAUAUUCAGAAAAACGUGCAACUUUAUAAGAUGCGAAAUGGUUAUGAAUUGUCUCCAACAGCAGCAGCUAACUUCACACGCCGAAACCUGGCUGACUGUCUUCGGAGUCGGACCCCGUAUCACGUCAACCUCCUCCUGGCUGGCUACGACGAGCACGAGGGCCCAGCGCUCUACUACAUGGACUACCUGGCAGCCUUGGCCAAGGCCCCCUUUGCAGCCCACGGCUAUGGUGCCUUCCUGACUCUCAGUAUCCUGGACCGAUACUACACGCCAACUAUCUCACGUGAGAAGGCAGUGGAGCUUCUUAGGAAAUGUCUAGAGGAGCUCCAGAAACGCUUCAUCCUGAAUCUGCCAAACUUCAGUGUUCGAAUCAUUGACAAAAAUGGCAUCCAUGACCUGGCCAACAUUUCCUUCCCUAAACAGGGCUCCUAACAUCAUGCCCUGUGUCCCACGUGCCAGGGAACUUUUUUUGAUGGGCUCCUUUAUUUUUUUCUACUCUUUGGAUCUGCACUCUUGCUAGAUGGUUAAUUGAGAAUAAAGCUAAGUAUGGAUAAACCGAG